GCAAUCCCCCGUCUCUCUCCCUCGCUCCCUCUUGCUCCCUCUCUCUCCCUCACACUCUCUCCGCUCACACACUCACACACGCAGAGGUACCGGAGCGAAAUUGGGAGCUUACCGGAGAAUCCUUGGGAUCGUUGCGGGGGGGGGGGGGCACCUCUCCUCCGUUGCUGCGCGUCGCGUGUCUCGUCCCUACACCUCCCCGCUUCCCCGAACCCCAGUCCUCGCCUUCAGCCAGUCUUGGGGCAGCGGCCACCGCUCAGCCUCGGCCCGGAGACCCGAAAUGUGAGGAGGGGCCGCUGCAGUCUCCCGCCCCAGGCCGCAGGGUCGGCUCGAGGGAUGCCAGCCGGCCGGCGCGGACGGCGGGCUGAGGGGCUUCGCCUGACGAACUGAGUUGGCCUCGCGCCGCCAGCGUCUGCCCGCCCCUGCCGCGUCUGCAGCUCGGAGGGGACUCCUAAGUCUGCGCACCUCUGUCGAGCUUUUUGCCUCUGCCACUCCUUUCGCUCUGCUUCCCGAAUUUCUUAUCUUUCCGAGGGAGCGUGCGGUCUGCGGGCGCGUGCGCGUGUGCAAAAGACCCCUCUCGCGGAGCGGCGUGUGGGAAACUGCAGGAAAAUGUUGACCUAACCCCAGGAGCCGCCCGGCGCUGGCUGCUUGGCUGGAGGAGGAGGCGGCGGCGGCGGCGGCCAAGCAGGAGGACGCGCCGAGCCACGGCGCUGCUUCCCGCUCGGACUCGGCGGCCGGCGACCCGCUCGCGGCCGGCCUGGACCCUCGCCGGCCCGGGUGGCCGCUGCCCUCUGCGCCUCUCUCCGCGCGGUCCCCGCGCCAGACGGCCUGCCCCCGGGGGCGCGCUCUCAGACCGAGAUAUGAGGAUCAAUGAUGCAGACCGCUGGGUUCGAUGAAGCUGGACAUUUAUAACUAGAUUCAUUAAGGAAUACAAAGAAAAUAUUUAAAGGGAUCAAUAAUGGUGUCUUCUGGUUGCAGAAUGCGAAGCCUGUGGUUUAUCAUUAUAAUCAGCUUCUUACCGAAUACAGAAGGUUUCAGCAGAGCAGCUUUACCAUUUGGGUUAGUUCGUAGAGAAUUAUCCUGUGAAGGUUAUUCUAUAGAUCUACGAUGUCCCGGCAGUGAUGUCAUCAUGAUUGAGAGCGCUAACUAUGGUCGGACAGACGACAAGAUUUGUGAUGCUGACCCAUUUCAGAUGGAGAAUACAGACUGCUACCUCCCAGAUGCCUUCAAAAUUAUGACUCAAAGGUGCAACAAUCGAACACAGUGUAUAGUAGUUACUGGGUCAGAUGUAUUUCCUGAUCCAUGUCCUGGAACAUACAAAUAUCUUGAGGUCCAAUAUGAAUGUGUCCCUUACAUUUUUGUGUGCCCUGGGACCUUGAAAGCAAUUGUGGAUUCACCAUGUAUAUAUGAAGCUGAACAAAAGGCAGGUGCUUGGUGCAAGGACCCUCUUCAGGCUGCAGAUAAAAUUUAUUUCAUGCCCUGGACUCCAUAUCGUACUGAUACUUUAAUAGAAUAUGCUUCUUUAGAAGAUUUCCAAAACAGUCGCCAAACAACAACAUACAAACUUCCAAAUCGAGUAGAUGGUACUGGAUUUGUGGUAUAUGAUGGUGCUGUCUUCUUUAACAAAGAAAGAACAAGGAAUAUUGUGAAAUUUGACUUGAGGACUAGAAUUAAGAGUGGAGAGGCCAUAAUUAACUAUGCUAACUAUCAUGAUACCUCACCAUAUAGAUGGGGAGGAAAAACUGAUAUUGACCUAGCAGUUGAUGAAAAUGGCUUAUGGGUCAUUUAUGCCACUGAACAGAACAAUGGAAUGAUAGUUAUUAGCCAACUGAAUCCAUACACUCUUCGCUUUGAAGCAACGUGGGAGACUGUGUAUGACAAGCGAGCUGCAUCAAAUGCUUUUAUGAUCUGUGGAGUCCUUUAUGUGGUCAGGUCAGUUUAUCAAGACAAUGAGAGUGAAACAGGCAAGAAUGCAAUUGAUUAUAUUUACAAUACCCGAUUAAACCGAGGAGAAUAUGUAGAUGUUCCCUUCCCCAACCAGUAUCAGUAUAUUGCUGCAGUGGAUUACAAUCCAAGAGAUAACCAACUCUACGUGUGGAACAAUAACUUCAUUUUACGAUAUUCUCUGGAGUUUGGUCCACCUGAUCCUGCCCAAGUGCCUACCACAGCUGUGACAGUAACUUCUUCAGCUGAGAUGUUCAAAACCACAGUAUCAACCACAAGCCCUUCACAGAAAGGCCCCAUGAGCACAACUGUAGCUGGAUCUCAGGAAGGAAGCAAAGGGACAAAACCACCUCCAGCAGUUUCUACAACCAAAAUUCCUCCUGUAACAAAUAUUUUUCCCCUGCCAGAGAGAUUCUGUGAAGCAUUAGACGCAAGGGGGAUAAGGUGGCCUCAGACACAAAGGGGAAUGAUGGUUGAACGACCAUGUCCCAAGGGAACGAGAGGAACUGCCUCGUAUCUCUGCAUGCUUUCCACUGGAACAUGGAACCCUAGGGGCCCCGAUCUUAGCAACUGUACCUCACACUGGGUAAAUCAGCUGGCUCAGAAGAUCAGAAGUGGAGAAAACGCUGCUAGCCUUGCCAAUGAACUGGCUAAACAUACCAAAGGGCCAGUGUUUGCUGGGGACGUGAGUUCUUCAGUGAGGUUGAUGGAGCAGUUGGUGGACAUUCUUGAUGCGCAGCUGCAGGAACUGAAACCUAGUGAAAAGGAUUCAGCUGGACGGAGUUAUAACAAGCUCCAAAAACGAGAGAAGACAUGCAGGGCUUACCUUAAGGCAAUUGUUGACACAGUGGACAACCUUCUGAGACCUGAAGCUUUGGAAUCAUGGAAACACAUGAAUUCUUCUGAACAAGCGCAUACUGCAACAAUGCUACUGGAUACGUUGGAAGAAGGAGCUUUUGUCCUGGCUGACAAUCUCGUAGAACCAACCAGGGUCUCAAUGCCCACAGAAAAUAUUGUUCUGGAAGUUGCAGUGCUCAGUACAGAAGGACAGGUCCAAGACUUCAAAUUUCCUCUGGGCAUCAAAGGGGCAGGCAGCUCAAUCCAACUCUCUGCGAAUACCGUCAAACAGAACAGCAGGAAUGGUCUUGCAAAGUUGGUGUUCAUCAUUUACCGGAGUCUGGGACAGUUCCUUAGUACAGAAAAUGCAACCAUAAAACUGGGUGCUGACUUUAUUGGUCGAAAUAGCACCAUUGCAGUGAAUUCCCAUGUCAUUUCAGUUUCAAUCAAUAAAGAAUCCAGCCGAGUAUACUUGACAGAUCCUGUGCUUUUUACCCUACCACACAUUGAUCCUGACAAUUAUUUCAAUGCAAACUGCUCCUUCUGGAACUACUCAGAGAGAACUAUGAUGGGAUAUUGGUCUACCCAGGGCUGCAAGCUGGUUGACACUAAUAAAACUCGUACAACGUGUGCGUGCAGCCACCUAACCAAUUUUGCAAUUCUCAUGGCCCACAGGAAAAUUUCAUACAAAGAUGGAGUUCACGAAUUACUUCUUACAGUCAUCACCUGGGUGGGAAUUGUCAUUUCCCUUGUUUGUCUGGCUAUCUGCAUCUUCACCUUCUGCUUUUUCCGUGGUCUACAGAGUGACCGUAAUACAAUUCACAAGAACCUUUGUAUCAACCUUUUCAUUGCUGAAUUUAUUUUCCUAAUAGGCAUUGAUAAGACAAAAUACAUGAUAGCAUGCCCAAUAUUUGCAGGACUUCUACACUUUUUCUUUCUGGCUGCUUUUGCUUGGAUGUGCCUAGAAGGUGUGCAGCUCUAUCUGAUGUUAGUUGAAGUUUUUGAAAGUGAAUAUUCAAGGAAGAAAUAUUACUAUGUUGCCGGUUACUUGUUUCCUGCCACAGUGGUUGGUGUUUCAGCUGCUAUUGACUAUAAGAGCUAUGGAACAGAAAAAGCUUGCUGGCUUCAUGUUGAUAACUAUUUCAUAUGGAGUUUCAUUGGACCUGUUACCUUCAUUAUUCUGCUAAAUAUUAUCUUCCUGGUGAUCACAUUGUGCAAAAUGGUGAAGCACUCAAACACAUUGAAACCAGAUUCUAGCAGGUUGGAAAACAUUAAGUCUUGGGUGCUUGGCGCUUUUGCUCUUCUGUGUCUUCUUGGCCUAACCUGGUCAUUUGGGUUGCUUUUUAUUAAUGAGGAGACUAUUGUGAUGGCUUAUCUCUUCACCAUCUUUAAUGCUUUCCAGGGAGUGUUCAUUUUCAUCUUUCACUGUGCUCUCCAAAAGAAAGUACGAAAAGAAUAUGGCAAGUGCUUCAGACACUCGUAUUGCUGCGGCAGCCUCCCAACUGAGAGCCCUCACAGCUCAGUGAAGGCGUCCACCACCAGAACCAGUGCUCGGUAUUCCUCUGGCACACAGAGUCGUAUAAGAAGGAUGUGGAAUGACACUGUGAGAAAACAAUCUGAAUCGUCUUUUAUCUCAGGUGACAUCAAUAGCACUUCAACACUUAAUCAAGGACAUUCACUGAACAAUGCCAGGGAUACAAGUGCCAUGGAUACUCUACCGCUAAAUGGUAACUUUAACAACAGCUACUCACUACGCAAGGGGGACUAUAAUGACAGCGUGCAAGUCGUGGACUGUGGACUAAGUCUGAAUGAUUCCGCUUUUGAGAAAAUGAUCAUUUCAGAAUUAGUGCACAACAACCUGCGGGGCAGCAGCAAGGCUCACAACCUCGAGCUCACACUACCAGUCAAACCUGUGAUUGGAGGGGGCAGCAGCGAAGAUGACGCUAUCGUGGCAGAUGCUUCGUCUUUAAUGCACAGUGACAACCCAGGGCUGGAGCUCCAUCACAAAGAACUCGAGGCACCGCUCAUUCCUCAGCGGACUCACUCCCUUCUGUACCAACCCCAGAAGAAAGCGAAGCCCGAGGGGACUGACAGCUACGUCUCCCAGCUGACAGCUGAGGCCGAGGACCACCUGCAGUCCCCCAACAGAGACUCUCUUUACACAAGCAUGCCCAACCUUAGAGACUCUCCGUAUCAGGAGAGCAGCCCCGACAUGGAAGAAGACCUGUCUCCAUCCAGGAGGAGUGAGAACGAGGACAUUUACUAUAAGAGCAUGCCAAACCUUGGAGCUGGCCAUCAGCUUCAGAUGUGCUACCAGAUCAGCAGGGGCAAUAGUGAUGGUUACAUAAUCCCCAUUAACAAAGAAGGGUGUAUUCCAGAAGGAGAUGUCAGAGAAGGACAAAUGCAGCUGGUGACAAGUCUUUAAUAGUGCAGCUAAGGAAUUCCAGCGGCCCCAUGCAAGUGUUAGUAAAUAAAGACAGGCUCCAUGGCCUGAUACAGCUCCCUCAAACUCUGCUUGAAGAGAUGGGUCUGUUGACCUGUGGUUCUCCAGUGUAAAAAAGAUGACUGAACCUUGCAGUUCUGUGAAUUUUUAUAUAACAUACAAAAACUUUGUAUAUACACAGAGUAUACUAAAAUGAAUUAUUUGUUACAAAGAAAAGAGAUGCCAACCAGGUAUUUUAAGUUUCUGCUGCUGUUUAGAGAAAUUGUGAAACAAGCGAAACAAAACUUUCCAGCCAUUUUACUGCAGCAGUUUGUGAACUAAAUUUGUAAAUAUGGCUGCACCAUUUUUGUAGGCCUGCAUUGUAUUAUAUACAAGACGUAGGCUUUAAAAUCCUGUGGGACAAAUUUACUGUACCUUACUGUUCCUGACAAGACUUGGAAAAGCAGGAGAGCUAUUCUGCAUCAGUUUGCAGUUAACUGCAAACCUUUUACAUUAAGGCAAAGAUUGAAAACAUGUUUAACCACUAGCAAUCAAGCCACAGGCCUUAUUUCAUAUGUUUCCUCAACUGUACAAUGACCUAUUCAAAAAUGGCUAAAGAAAUUAUAUUUUGUUCUAUUGCUAGGGUGAAAUAAAUACAUUUGUGUCCAACGGAAAUAUAAUUGUCAUUAAAAUAAUUUUAGAGUUUGGAGAAAAUAUUGUGUGAAGCUCAUGGUUGCACAUAUGUUAUCAAAUGUUUUUUCUUACACUUUGUCAUUGUAAGUUCUACCCAUUUUCACUUAUUUUCCACUGUAUACGGUGUUCUGCUUUGACAAGUUAGUCCUUAUUCUUACAUUUUAAUUUCUUAUGGCCAAAAGAACGUGUUUUAUGGGGAAAAAAACUCUUUGAAGCCAGUUAUGCCAUGCCUUGCACAAAUGUGGUGAAAUCUGGAAAAGAUUGUUUGUCACCCCUCUGUUUGUUCUUGAACAGGGGCCAAAGAGGGCACUGGGCACUUCUCACAAACUUUCUAGUGAACAAAAGGUGCCUAUUCUUUUUUAAAAAGUAAAAUUAAACAUAAAUAUUACUCUUCCAUAUUCCUUCUGCCUAUAUUUAGUAAUUAAUUUAUUUUAUGAUAAAGUUCUAGUGAAAUGUAAAUUGUUUCAGCAAAAUUCUGAUUUUCUUUUCAUCCCUUUGUGUAAACCUGUUAAUAAUGAACCCAUCACUAAUAUCCAGUGUAAAGUUUAACACGGUUUGACAGUAAAUAAAUGUGAAUUUUUUCAAGUA